AUGAAGUUCGCUGCUGUCGCCUCUCUCCUCGCUGCCGGUGUCGCCGUCGCCUCCCCGGUCGUCUCCAACCCCCUCAAGCGCGCUGCCGCCGUCACCGACCUCCAGGUCCUCCAGUACGCCCUCACCCUCGAGCACCUCGAGGCCGCCUACUACGCCCAGGGUCUCGCCAAGUUCAACUACGACGACUUUGCCAAGGCUGGCUUCCCCGACUGGGUCCGCGGCCGUGUCCUUGAGAUCUCUCAGCACGAGUCGUCCCACGUCAAGCUCCUCACCGCCGCCCUCGGUAACAACUCGGUCCCCGCGUGCCAGUACGCCUUCCCCCUCACCGACCCGCGCACCUUCAUCUCGUUCGCGUCCUUCCUCGAGAACAUCGGUGUCUCGGCCUACAUUGGCGCCAACCAGUACAUCUCGGACCCCCUCUACGCCACCGUCGCUGGCUCCAUCCUCGCCGUUGAGGCCCGCCACCAGGGCUUCUUCUCCGGCCCGGUCUUGACCCAGGCUGACUGGACUGGACCCUACGACACCCCCCUCGGCCUCGACAUGGUCUACACCCUUGCCGCCCAGCUCAUCACCUCGUGCCCCGCUGGCCCGUCCCUCCCGGUCACCGCCUCCAGCCCCCUCGCCCUCGCCGCCGGUCUCCCCGUCGGUCUCGCCACCGGUGGCUCCGCCGUCGCUCUGACUUACGCCAAGUCUUCGUCCUCGGUCCCGGGCCCCGUCAACGCCGUCCUCUACAACGGUCUUGGCUCUGUCUUCCUUCCCUACACUGACGGCAAGGUCACCAUCCCCAAGGAGAUCCAGGGCUUCAGCUACGUGAUCCUCACCAACGCCGCCGACGCCGCUUCCGUCACCACCGCCAACACCGUCGCCGGCCCCGCCGUCAUCAACACCCCCUUCGACGCCUUCCAGUCCAACGCUGGCUUCAAGAACCCCUUCGGCGCGUAA